GAACGCCCCGGCCGGAAGCGAGGAGCAGAACCAUAGAGCGCGGACUCCGCGGAGGGCUAGACAGGCACAUUCUCGGUCCCUUCCAGCCGCCCCGUCUCGGUGCUCGCUGGCGGCAGGGCACGCGCGGCCUUCUCAUUGGCCCGGAGAACACCCGCUCCAGACCCGGAGACGCAGACACGGGCCACGGGGCUGCCAGAGCCGAGCGCGGGGAAGAGCGCGCCGCUGCUCGGUCACUGGCCGGGCGGGCCGCGAGAGCCUCACUUCACAAUACCUAAGAACAUCAAGAGAGACAAAGGGUCAAGUACCUCACUUCACCUUUCCUAAGAACAGCAAGACAGUCAUCAGGACAAGAGUGAAUAUAUGAAGGAGGAAGUGGGGGAAUGUGCUGAAGAUGAGGCGACUGAAUCGGAAGAAGACCCUGAAUUUGGUGAAAGAGUUGGAUGCCUUUCCAAAGGUUCCUGAGAGCUAUGUAGAGACUUCAACAAGUGGUGGAACAGUUUCUUUAAUAGCAUUUACAGCUAUGGCUUUAUUAACCAUAAUGGAGUUUAUGGUGUAUCGAGAUACCUGGAUGAAAUAUGAAUAUGAAGUAGACAAGGAUUUUACUAGUAAAUUAAGGAUGAAUAUAGAUAUUACUGUUGCCAUGAAGUGUCAAUAUGUGGGGGCUGAUGUUUUGGAUUUAGCAGAAACGAUGGUUACCUCUGCAGAUGGUUUAGUUUAUGAACCAGUAAUAUUUGAUCUAACUCCCCAGCAAAGAGAGUGGCAGAGGAUGCUGCAGUUAAUUCAGAGUAGGCUACAGGAAGAACACUCCCUUCAAGAUGUGAUAUUCAAAAGUGCUUUUAAAAGUGCUUCAACAGCACUGCCACCAAGGGAGGAUAAUUCAUUACUGCCUCCGGAUGCAUGCAGAAUUCAUGGUCAUCUCUAUGUCAAUAAAGUGGCAGGAAACUUUCACAUAACUGUGGGCAAGGCAAUUCCACAUCCCCGAGGCCAUGCACACUUGGCAGCCCUUGUGAGCCACGAUUCAUACAACUUCUCUCAUAGAAUAGAUCAUUUGUCUUUUGGAGAGCUCAUUCCAGGAAUUAUUAAUCCUUUGGAUGGGACAGAAAAAAUUGCAGCAGAUCACAACCAGAUGUUCCAAUAUUUUAUCACAGUCGUGCCAACAAAACUCCAUACGUAUAAAAUUUCAGCAGAAACUCACCAGUUUUCCGUGACAGAAAGGGAAAGAGUGAUUAACCAUGCAGCUGGCAGCCAUGGGGUAUCAGGGAUAUUCAUGAAAUAUGACAUCAGUUCACUUAUGGUGACAGUAACAGAAGAACACAUGCCCUUUUGGCAGUUCUUAAUAAGACUCUGUGGUAUUAUCGGUGGAAUUUUCUCAACUACAGGCAUUUUACAUGGCAUUGGAAGAUUCAUAGUGGAAAUUAUCUGCUGUCGUUUCAAACUGGGCUCUCACAAACCUGUCCUACUUCCGGAUGGCCACAUAAACAACCACUUACCUCUAAUUACAGACAACAGUAUGCAUUAGCACCUCCUUGGGAAACUUUUUUCCUUUCUUUCUGCCUGAUACAGAAGACAAUUUUAUAAUAAAGAAAACAUUGUGCAAUAUGUUGAGACAGUGCUCAUGGGAAGCAAAAAUCAAGCCUUUUAAAAAAACAGUCUGUAUAAUUUGUCUCUUUUAAGUGCACAUGGAGUCGAAGGAGGCCAGGAAGCCCCGUGAAGCCAACCUUUUCUUGAGCUAGCAGAAGCAUUACUGAAGAGAGACAAUAUUUGCAGUGAAACUGAGUGUCUUUGCAAAAACUGCCAUCAGCACUGAAGUGUCAGUGUAGUGAUCUGGAUUCCAGGCCUGCGAAGUCAGGCAAACACCUAUGAAAGCUAACACACAUACAGAAUACAGAGAGAGCCCCAUGCAGUGUUCAACGUGCAGUGCAGCAAGCAAGGGUGGCUGUGAUAAUUGUAGUUUAAGAAGCCAGGAUUUGCUGCUAGGUUUUCAGAAAUGGGACAUGAGAUUUUUUUUUUUUUUAAAUGAGUAGAUAGAGAAGGCUUAGAUAUUAUGCUGAUGGAGCUGAGGGGGCACUAUUGAAAACCCUGAAAUAGAAGCGGUCUCAGGGACUGAGACAGAGGCAUAGCACUUUCAGCCGUCACUGCCAUUCUCCAGUAGCACCAUUAUCUAUCUACAAGAGGAAAAAGUGCUGCAGAGCAGGGAAUAUGGCAUUUCUCUGUGUCUCUUCUCACAGCCACUUUUUGCCAACAAUCAGAUUCUCUCUGAGUUUGAGCCAAGGAACUAGGAAUAAUAAGUCACUGUUGAAAAGGUGUUUGACCGGAAUCGUUAUCUGUUUUCCUAUCCCAGGGCUAAACUCGGUCUCCAGAAAGUAAGAAACCACCUCUCUGCUAUGGCUUAGAAAAGAAAUGAAUGUCUUGUGAUUAGGUGGGCCACAACACUGCUUUUCAAGAACAGACACGUACUAUGCCUGCUGCUGGAACAUAAGCUUUGACAA